AUGUCAAAAGGUAGGAAACAAUGGAUACCUAGGAAUGUGAAGAAACCUGAAGCUAAUGUGAUGUCAAACAAGGAUGAGGAUGAUAAUCAAGGGCCUAUUGAAGUAGGAAAUGUCAAUAUGGAUAUAGUUCAGAUCAGGAAGGGUAAUGCUAGUACUACUGCUGAUGAGAGUCUUUCUAUCAGAAACAAGGAUGUGGAAACAGUUAUGGAAAAAUGGACUGAGGUUAUUAAAAGUGGUAUAGAUAGAGGAAAAAAGACAGGUAAUGCUGGUGCUGCAGGUGUGCUUUCGUAUGAUAAUGGGUUUGAUGCUCUAGAGAUUUUGAAGGAUCUCAUAGAGGCUCAAAACACAGGCCAAUGA